AUGUUGGAUCAGGUUGGUUUAGUGGAUGCUCUUGAUAACUGGUUCGAUGGAGUUCUAACCAUCGGUACAUUCGGUUUCGACUCUUUGAAAUUUCAAGAAGAAGAAGACGAAAUUGAUGAUGAUGAAUGUGAAAGUGUGGAUCUCGACUAUGUUGUUAUCGAUGGUAGCAUCGUCAAGAACAUUAACCAAGAGUUGGAUCCUCUUAUCUCCAAUGAAAAUAAUUUUCAUGAUCAUCAUGAUGAUUUGAAGGUAUUAAACGCUGAUCAGUUUAACCUGAACAAAACCACUGAAAGGGCAGUGGUCGCCGUUGCGGUCCAGGCCGAGAUAGAGCCGCAGAAGAAGAGGACAACACUUGCGGAGCUCUUCAUGGAGGACGAAGACGAAGGUGAUAACACAUGGCACGACAAGAAACCAAAGAACCCUAAACUUGAUCAUGAUGAUCAUGAGGUUAAACAAAACAGGUCAAAGCUAAGUACGAAGUUCUUGUUUGCUAAGAAGAAGAUGAUCAUGUCAAAAUCCAAAGAUAAAGAAAAAGACUCACGUCCGAUCAAGAAAGUGCAACAGAUGAUAAAGAGGAUGUUAAAGAAGAAGAUCCAUCCAGAUAUCGAUGCGACUAAGGCUUUUAAAAAUGACGUUGUUCCAUACAAGAAAUGUGAAGCUCUCGAGUCACGUUAUCUUCUUAACAUCAACCAAGAAUGUGUUGGUAAUUUGGUAUCGUCAAGAUUGUUAAGAGAUGUAUUUGCUUUCAUAUUCCAAAACCAUUACUAA